AUGGAUGCCUUCUACGCAAAGCUUCUCGCUGCGGCGACUGGCUCGUCCCUGACGGCCUUGACGAUGACGCCAUUCGACGUCGUAAAAACCCGCCUGCAGACGCAGCCGCCAGAGACACGUCCGCUUUUUCCUCGCCCGCCACCUAACACAUGUUGCCAACCGACAAAUCCAGCUGGCUGUGUCCGCAACAUGUCCUCUCUCGCUGUCAGGUCGCUGCCCACCGAGGUCGUGUGUGUAUGGGAAGCGGGUCUCAUGAAAACUGAGCGCGUGAACGGGUUCUUCGAUGCCGUACGGCACGUCUGGAGAGCCGAAGGCGUGCGUGGACUCUGGAAGGGAGCCGCGACAACGCUAGUCAUUGGCGUGCCUUCAUCCACCGCUUACAUACUCACAUAUGACCACCUCCUCAACGUCAUACUUCCGCCAUUUAUAUCUUCGCCGACCUUGGUCCCAUUGGUGGCUGGCAUUAUUGCUCGAUCGACCAUUUCCACCGUCGCGUCACCACUAGAACUUGUUCGCACAAACCUCCAGUCAACGCCUGUGUCACCGGGGCAACCGCACACCCUUCGCUCAGUUCUCGACUCCGUUCGAACUGUGGUCCAGAAACGCGGGGUUCAGUUCCUAUGGCGCGGAUUGGGUCCCACACUAUGGCGAGACGUGCCCUUCUCAGGUUUCUACUGGGCAAGCUAUGAAACUUGGAAAAGGGCGUUCGCAAAACGCGGCCACGAGGGUGCUUGGGUCGCUUUCAUCAGUGGAGCAGUCAGCGGAACUUCCGCUGCUCUGAUAACUUCGCCUUUCGAUGUCCUCAAAACUCGCCGCCAGGCUCUGAUUAUGUCGCCCACAACGCAACAUAUUACACGGACGUUCCCUCUCAUACUGCAAAUCAUUCGGACAGAAGGUUCAUCUGCGUUAUUUGCUGGGUUGGUACCUCGGAUAGUCAAAAUAGCUCCUGCCUGUGGAAUUAUGAUUUCUUGUUAUGAGGGCGUUGGCAAAAUUUUGACGAAACCAUCUAGAUCAUAG